CGAGAGUUUUUUUAUUAUUAUAAAAAAACCCUGGAGAGGUUUAUUUGGUUUACCCUUCAAAACUUUAUGGCUGCAGCCGAAUUCAAUCACAAGGGAGGGAGAGAGAGAGAGAGAGAGAGAGAGAGAGAGAGGAAUAUGAAGCAAGAAGGAAUUAAGUAAACGAUCCGACAUACUUGGAGGUAGCGAUCCCACGUUGUGCUGGAGUGGAGUAAAUGAUGAUGCCCACGUUUUAUUGCAGAACAAUACUCCAAAGUGGAAAGCGUAAUUGAUGAUUGGGGGGCAAUUGACACAACACCCACAGAGAAAGCACCGGAAGUUUGGCUCCCAACUUUUAUACUUGUACGGUUCUAACUGUCAGUCCUGGUAACAUAUAUGAUGUGAUACUGUUGCUCAUGCCCUUCAAUGAUUGGAACAAGAUAAACCUCCCAAGAAGCAUCCUGCAUCAACGAUCAGUGAAUAAAAGCAUUCUCAUGAAAACGAUUUAAGCCGGGUACGGAUCCGGACUAGAAAAUGAGAAUAUUCCGUGAGUCUGCAUUAACACGAAGGCAUGGGUGGAGGUUGAAGGACAAGUCGGUGGAUUUAUUGAUAUCAAAGACGAAUACUCAUCUUGCCUUUGGUAUAUAAAGUUUUCGGAGCUGGGAUUCUUUAUGUUGUCUUGGAUGAUUGGUGUUUGGAGGCUGAAUUGAACAUUGGAUUUACAGAUAGAGAUGGGAAUAAGAUGGUAUUGUGCUGGUUUUUUUCUUCUUGUGGUCGUCGCCUUGGAUGCGGGAUACUUUUGUGAUGGUGGGGUAACAAGUAGUUUUGCUAGAACCAAUAACAUAUCUGCUGAUAUGCCAUUAGACAGUGAUGUGUUCCGAGUGCCUCCUGGUUAUAAUGCCCCACAACAGGUUCACAUAACACAAGGAGAUUAUGAGGGGAAUGCCGUGAUCAUAUCUUGGAUCACUCCAGAUGAACCGGGUUCAAAUACUGUUCUCUACUGGGCUGAAAAUGGCAAACACAAGAGUCAUGCCAAUGGCAUUGUUCUUACCUACAAGUACUUCAAGUACACUUCUGGAUAUAUACAUCACUGUACCAUCAGGAAUUUGGUAUUCGAUACAAAAUAUUACUAUGAGGUUGGGAUUGGGAAUACUACACGACAGUUCUGGUUUGUAACUCCUCCCAGAGCUGGCCCUGAUGUUCCUUAUACUUUUGGUCUCAUAGGGGAUCUUGGACAAACCUAUGAUUCAAAUAGAACACUUACUCACUAUGAGUUAAGCACAAUUAAAGGACAGGCGCUAUUGUAUGUUGGGGACCUCUCUUAUGCUGAUGACUAUCCGUUCCAUGACAAUAUCAGAUGGGAUACAUGGGGAAGAUUUAUAGAGAGGAGUUGUGCUUAUCAACCUUGGAUUUGGACUGUAGGAAAUCACGAAAUUGAUUUUGCUCCUGAUAUUGGUGAAACCAAACCCUUUAAGCCUUAUGAAUAUCGAUACCAGGUGCCGUUUGAAGCAUCAAAAAGUACAUCCCCAUUAUGGUACUCAAUCAAGAGAGCUUCAGCAUAUAUCAUUGUCAUGUCAUCUUACUCUGCAUUUGGUAAAUCCACUCCUCAAUACAAAUGGCUUUCAUAUGAGCUACCCAAAGUGAACAGGACUGAAACGCCAUGGCUGAUUGUCCUUAUGCAUUGUCCCAUGUAUAAUAGCUACAUACAUCAUUAUAUGGAAGGAGAAAGCAUGAGGGUUAUAUAUGAGCCAUGGUUUGUGGAGUACAAAGUUGAUGUUGUUUUUGCUGGUCACGUUCAUGCCUAUGAACGAUCUGAACGAGUAUCAAACAUUGCCUACAACAUUGUAAAUGGGAAGUGCACUCCCAUACAUGAUGAAUCUGCCCCUGUUUACAUAACCAUUGGAGAUGGAGGAAAUCAAAAAGGAUUGGCAACCGGCAUGACAGAGCCACAGCCAAGUUACUCAGCCUAUCGGGAAGCCAGUUUUGGUCAUGGCAUUCUGGAUAUUAGGAACCGGACUCACGCUUAUUUCGGUUGGAAUCGUAAUCAAGACGCGUAUGCUGUAGAAGCUGAUUCUGUAUGGCUUCACAACAGAUACUGGACCUCUACACAAGAGCACUCCUCCAUAGCUGCAUCAUGAUGACACGGCCAUUUAUUUGAUCUACAAAGUUCCGUCUUUCCUAUCAAAUAUGGUUUAUGGUUAACGGUUUACGGUUUACGGUUGCAUCAGGCAUCCCCCCAGCGCCUCUACGCUUGGUGAUCAGGCGAUACGUUUAUUCCAUGGAUUAGUACAAAGUUCCCAGGUUAUAAAUAAAUAAAGUAUCGCGUGUGGGUUCCACCUGCGGUGUCGGCUUCGAUGCUGAGCGUACGACACGAUGUCCGCAAGACUCGGAUCCAUGCCCAUAACUCUUCGUCGAAAACCCAAAAAUUGAAGACGUUGUUCGUUGGAGACGUUGUUCGUUGGAGACAACGUCGUCAACCGAAACUAUACGCACGAAGUCUUAUCAGAUAGCGUAUCUCCUUUAUCUUAUACACCCUAAGAGAGGAGCUUCAGCACAUGCCACUGUCUUCUCUUUGUCUCUCACUAUCUCCUUUAUGUAUUUAAGAUUGAUAUAGCAAUCUAAUCAGCACAUACCAUCAUCUUCUCUUCCACCCCUUGUAAAAAUUUGUGGUUCCUACUCGCAUGAUUUCAUGCAUAUGAAUUGAGAUGCUAGCUAAUAUGACA